AUGAGGAUGAACACUAAAAACCUCCCCAAAUUAUCGGAAAUAACUAUCGCUUCGAACUAUUUAGCGGAAGGCAUUCGAUGUUGUGAUAAUUAUUAUUUUGAUGAUGUAUUAUAUUCCCCUUCUUUCUUAUCCAAUACAAAUCCCUCUUAUUUUACACCUGCUCAAGUCUGUGAACAAGUCACAAACAGUUUUCAUGGAAAUCAUCAUUGUGUGUUGGUGUUCAUUGAUGAAAAGAAUGAUCAAGAAGAUGAGGCAAGAGAUGAGGAAAUUCUCGAAGGUUUACGUGUUUUGCAGCAAUAUCGAGAAAAAUCAGAGAUUUAUGGUCUCUUUCUUCGACCUGGCACUCGUCUCUGGAAGACAUGUUCUGAAGUUAAUUAUUUUACUGCCUUCUCUUUGAAAAACGAUUUGCAAACAACAAGUAACAUUUUAGAGGCCGUCUGUUUUGGAACGACUCAAAAUUUGUUUGAGAGACAAGAAGUUAAAAGCAAGUUUCGCAUUAAAUUGCCAAUGUGCGAUAGAGAGAAAGCUGUAUUUCAGAUACUUUUGAAAAGCGAAAGAACCAGAACUUUAAGUUUGACAUUUUUUGAGAAUGAAAUGUUUCAUGCUUUUUCGGUCAAUUAUCAUGUGAAUGCUCAUGAAAAUAAGUGUUUUGAGCUGUCGAUGUCUCUUAAAAAACAGUGGCAUUCCUGUGAGUUUUUAAGGUACAUCAUUUGGGAUGCUGAUACUAAAGUUGUGAUGGACGAAGGACAAUUAAGAUUUAUGACAUGUGACAUGGUGUCUGAAUCUGUGUAUAACUGUCUGAAGGAAAACCUAUUGAAGAUUGGAAUACUUACAGGAAAUGAUUCAGAAGGUCUUUUUGUGAAUAGAUUUUAUUCAUUGAUUGACAGCAUCACGAACGAGCACCUAAACAAAAGAAACCUUCUAUAUCGCCUUUCUUGGAACGCUUUUGACAGUAUUCAACAAUUUGUAUCUUCUUGUGUGAAAUUCAUUGGUUAUGAAUUGGGAUCAGAUAAUGACACAGAGAUUGGGCAGGUCAUUUCGAUGGUUGAUGUCAUUGUGUUUUAUCCAAAAGUCUAUCGAUAUCAAUAUUUUACAAAACGAAUACUUGAAGCUUUUCAAAAACAAUCAAAACCUUGUGUGAUUGCCCUUCCAUUUGGAAUCAAGCGUGAUGAUCGAGAGGAAGAAGUUGUGAAACGAGAAGCCAUUGAAAUACCUUCAUUAAUGAAUGAUCCAAUGAGCACAUGUACUGAUUUUGAAUUGGAUCAAGUAUUUCUUAAAGUAGUGGAAGAAGUUGUCAAAAAAGUGAACCGUCAGCAAACCUUGAUGAAAAGAAUGGAAUUGAUGUUAAAGGUCAAGCUCUCCGUUUUACCUCACGAUAUGAUCAUGGAAAUCAUCUCGUAUUUACCUUCCUAUUUUUUAUUUCAUAUUUCCAUGCGGAAUAUAUGGGAAGGAGUUUUUGGAUCGUCCAUGUCCGUGUUAGGGACAAGAGAGGAUCAGAUGGAGCAGCAUGAUGAUGAAAAUAGGGUAAUCUCAAAAGCAUCUAUACGAAAUUGCAAUACACUUUUCGAUGAAAUAUUGAUGGAAAGACUUUGUAAAAAAUUGUAUAAUCAUGAACACAAAUUCGGGUUAUCCACUCCAUUGUCAAUAAUUCAAAUAAUUUAUAUCAUCAUGGAAACAAUUUGUAAAAAAUUUGUAAUGAAUAAUCCACAUGUAUCUGAUGAUUGUAAUAAUAUCGAAACUAUUUGCAAAGUGUUGAGAAUGUCUCUUGAAUUGUCAAAAACAGUAUUUAUUCAGAAAUUACAUCUUGAAAGUUAUUCAUUUAUGAAUACAACGGAUGAGCAACGAAAAAAGCAAUUUCAUCUUGUUGAGGAGACGUUCAAAAAUUCACAAUGGAGCUAUCAAGAACUACAUUUUCUUCAUGAAUUUUCGUGCCGAUUUGGCUAUGUUUUUUUAUUAAGCGAAGAUGCAACUCAGAGUAGACGAACAUGGAAAAGCCCGUUAAUAGCCACUUCGGAAACAUCACAUGCACCCACCAUGGAGAUUAGCUUUAACAUUAUCAAAGAUGAACCAUUUAACACAAACGUACUCAGUAUUUUUAACUUAUUUGAGCUGAUAAACGACAGUCAACAGCAGUUGAUGAAUAAGUUGUUAAAAUAUGCGAACAAGUGUGUGAAAAUUCGAGGACAUAUUUAUCUCUCAAAAACGAACUUAAGGUUACCAAGAUCUGAUCCGCACAUUCGAUCAGUAAUUUUGGAAAUUUUCCCACAAUUUACAAAUACAAUUGAGUGUACCAAAGAUAAGAGGGAGAUUAUGGAAGUAGCGGAAGAAUUAAUGUUACAUUUUAUUUCGUUCGCAAGAAAUAUCAACAAUUAUAACAGGCCGAUUGAAAGAGAAAUCAUGUUGCAAAUUUUUUGGUUUCCAGCACUGCACCAAAAGAGCACAUUGAAAUGCAUCACUACUCGAAAAGAUAUAUUCUAUCGAUUGCGUGUUUAUCUUUUGCAUUUGUCACCUGCUUCUAUUGAUUCCAUAGCAGCUAUGGAGGUGACUUGUAUUCCAUCUUGUCGAAAAAUCAAGCUCACACUUAUUCCAACAAUAAUUCCCAUUUUUUUAAAGAACAUUUGCUUGAUAGCACUCAUUUGUGCAUGCUCAAAGUUAAAUGAUUUCCUGAUGCAUAAGUAUCUCAAAGAAAAUAUGAAUUAUGAACAUUUUUUUUCAUGCUGGCUGUUUUGGUCAACAUUUCUUGCAAUUAUGGCAAUGAUCGUCAUUGGAUAUAAAGCAUUCAUAGACGCAUGCUAUUCCUUGUACACAACCAAAGAGUUUGAAAUACGAAUGACGAAUCGAUGA